UAAGUUGGAGCAAACAUAUCCUGUAGAUCAGGCAUGCAACAUUAGGAACGAACUUCCACUGACUUUGCCUGUCGGUUUCCUGCCCUUGGAACAUGUUCGUUCAUGUAGCGUGCCUCGAGGUGCUGACGCACCUUGGGAGCCUAGCGAAAGACAUGGACUAUACAGGCGCAAAAUUCAGAUGCUGUUCAACCCGUGGAGUGCGUCCAGUAGAUUGUUCCUCUGGAUUCCGGCCUCUGUACUUCUGAUUACUGUUUGGCAGCUUACUGCUUUCAUUGGGCUGUUUGUUGGUUAAGGCAGGAGGUAUGCGCAUUGUGAAAAAGCACCAAGGUUCUACAGCUCAGUCUUCUGCUGAGAAAGAUAAAGAGAGUGAAGAUUGGGAAACCAACAGCCCUAAACCAUCUGUACCAAUAAUUAUCUCUGGUGCUUUAGCAAGGGGGGAUAAAGACUUUCCACCUGCUGCUGCACAAGUUGCCCACCAGAAGCCUUCUCCAUCAGUGGAGAAACUGCCUAUUUCACAUCAGAUCAAUCAUUCCAUCCAUCAGCCUCGCAAGUGAAGAGUCCAAUGCCUUGAAAUGAAUGUACAGAUAUUGGUGCAGAUCAGUAAUCUUAUGGGAGAUACCCCAGAUCAUUAACCGGUCUCCUAAUGUCCUGGCUAUUUGAAAGUUUCUAUCUUCCUAAGAAACACAUGAUUUUAAAUUUUGUAAACUGUGUCAAAAUGCAUUUGGAAAUAAUUAGCCAUUUUUAAUUAAACUGGUGCCUCAGA